UGUUCUGUUCGGUCGGUUCAGAACAGAAGCUACCAUUAAAGUUUUCUGUUCCUAAGGAGAUGAAGAAGAUUUGUACCGCCGGAAAAAAAAUCUGAAGAUUUACCUAAAGAUAUAAUUUAUGAUAUAUUCUCUAGAUUUCCCACCAUAUCUUUGAUGCGAUCCAGGUGCGUUUCAAGAUUUCAUAACUAUCUUUUCGGAUUAGGUCGAGAUCCCUAUUUUGUGGAUCUCCAUCAUCAAAGGGGCUGCUCCAUAUCCAAUUCUCUGUCCAACAACAAAUUCUUGGUACGCACAAUACGCAGCACAAUGCAGCCGCGUAAAGAAAAGUUUUAUUACUACAGUUGUGAACACGACGGCCAGAGCCACAAGUUGGGUAAAGAGACCGAAUGCACCUCCAUUCUCCGUAACCUGGGCGGUGUUAGCUAUCACAAAAUUGAGUUCGCCAAAGGUGAAACGACGUGGAGAGAGAUCAACUGCGACAGGAUAACCAAUUUUUACCCAAGAACGUAUUAUGAAGGAGCUUACGUCGAUGGAGCUGUGUAUUUUUACUGUGGUCAGUACUGCAACAUUUACGGACUUCACAUAGUGGCCUUUAAUUGUAGAAUCGAAGAGGUCAGAAUUAUCUCAUUGUGGGACAAUUAUCGUGAUUAUGGGAUGAGGGUAGGACGCCGGUUUAACCUGGUAGAACUUGAGGGUAAAUUAGCAGCCAUUGACGUCAUGUGUAAUUAUAUGCGUGUUUGGAUUCUACAAAGUCCAGAAACAGGAGAAUGGAUAAGGCAGCCUGAGAUUGUCAUUCCUCCAAAUGUAACAUGUGAGAAUUUUGUAGUACAUCGCAGAUGUACUAGUACUACUGACAAGAAGGAGAUCGCAUUCACGAAACCAUAUAGUGAUGCAACAGAUAGGAUUUUAUUCUACGAUUUUAAGGAAAACAAGUGGAGAUCAGAGAGAAUCCUGGGGCUUGCUGACAAUGCUAAGAUUGUUGGUAUCUAUAAUUAUGAGUAUUGCAUCUACUCAGUUUGAUGUUUCCUUCUUCUAUUUUUCGUACUAUAUUAAUUAGGGGAUCAUCUAUUGUGUGGAGAGCAGAUUAUUAUGGCGCACUCGUGAAAAAUUUACUAGGUUUUCUUUUUUGUUUUUAGACAAGAGACUUAAUGGUGGGAUUUCCAUAAGAAGGCUGCAUCCAUGCCAUAAAAUUAU